ACUGUCUGUCUCUCCCGGAACCGCCAUCACCAUCCUUCUACCUGUCCCCAUCCAGGCCGCACGAGGGCACAUGCAGCCAGGAUAAGCACGCCGUUUGUUUUGUGGGACCCAUUAAUAUUUGUCUCUGCAGCCUGCAGACGCACGAUUAUUGCAUUGGCUGUCAACGGACUACCGCCCUGGACCGGCGACUCCUGAAGCUGAGAAUCAGGUGGAGGUAACCUCUACUUACUUCAACAGCCGCCGACUGCUGCCUUGCGCGACGUCCAGCGAGAGACUCUCUGGUGCUGUUGCGCCUGCCACUCUUUUAUUAUGCUUCGCGAUCUCCGCCAAUUUUCGUUCGCUACUACUACUGUAUUAAUCAUCCCUUCAUGUCUACGGCCACGGGAAAGGUGAAGGAGAGGAAGGAACUCUACGAGCGACUGGCGAAACGCAAGUCCCGAGAUGCCAGGAGCGGUUUCUUUGGAGCAACGCAGGUCGCACCCCGCGACACACAGCGUGAGAGACGACGGAGAUCCGCGACGAGCGCGAGCGAUCUCCAGCUGCAACUGCGACAGAGCCAGAGCCAGAGCCAGAAACCGAGCUCCACUGCAAUCCCCGAAAAGUCGACUGUACGCUUGGUCGAGCCAUCGACCUCGAGCGCAUCCAACUCCUCCACACGAUCCUCCUCCCGCACUUCUUCAGAGGCUCGUCGUCGUUCGCGCAGCAGCGUCGACGACGAGCACGAAAAUGUUACGACACGUGCCCCACGGACCGAGCCGGACGAAAGCCAAGAAAUUGCCAGGGUGCGGGAAACGAGCGACGCUAGCGACCCACUGCCAGGAUCUCCGGCUUCAGGUCGGGAGUUUGAUGUUUCAGACGCGACUCCGCCAGCAAAUGAGCCGCUGGGAACGGGUCAAGAACAGGAUCGAGCACCAAGUCCAACCCUGUAUCCGAACACCUCGCAGCUGACGCUUGCCCGAUCGGAAGGGCACCGUCGAAGUACCUCGUCGGGAUGGGGCUCGCUAUGUUCUACGCUGCAGAGCGGCAGCGAGAUUGCGCUGGUCAAGAGCUUGAGAAGUCAUCCAUCGAGCAGCCUGAGCACGACUCUCCGCGGAACACCUACGCCGGCUGACUACGAGCAUUCGCACGCGCGAACAGUGAGCGACGAGACCGCCAGGUUGUCGUUACAGACACUGCAGGAAGCCUCCCCCGAAUUAACCACAAUUAGAGCAGUCUCAGACUCUGAGACGUCCAUCACACCUUCGCCGCCUGCGCCGCACUCCGGGCCACGCGUGAUACAGGACCCUUCCACCCUAGCCUUCUCGAGACCAUAUACAGCGCCUUCUGUGUCUUCCAACGAGUCGGACUCGCCCGUUUCGCUGCCGCGAACGUCGAGAAGGGCAUAUUCGACAGGGUCGCUACACACGUUGCCAAGCUUAUCUGACCUUCGAGAAGUCACUUCAUCUCCGGUGGUGCAGCUGUAUGGUUCCGAGCCAGCUACGAUCUCAGACGCGGCUCACUCUCACUCGUCAUCGCCUAAUUUCGUCGCGUACAGUCCAAGCGUCGGCAGUAUAGUGCACCACCAACGUCCAAUUUCGCGACCAGGGCGGUUGGCAGCAGCGAGCUCCUUCGAAUCUAUAACCUCACGCUUCGAGCAGGACGACGAAACGUCAUUUCCUGGUCGACGAUUGGCUAGUCAUAGCUCUUGGGCGUCUCUCGAGUCCACCGACACCCUUCCACCUUUAUUCAUCCCGAGGCGGAGAGUACGACACAAGGCUGCGUCCACAUCUCUGUCCUCACAGGCGUCCUCUCAGGCCACUAUCACAAGACCCCGGACAGCAACGCCGACCACCGAUGACACAAUGGGGGAUGAUGAGGAUAUCGACACGCUUCCAUUUCCGCGACGUCCGUUCAGCAACCAGCUCAGCACGAUCGCUAGUGAGAGCGAUGGGCAACGUGGCAGUCACCACCUCAGUCACUGGUCUUUGGGUAGUGGUGUGCUGACCAUAGGUACGGGCGAUCAAACGCCCCUCUCGGCGACAUUCGAUGAAUCUCGACGGCGCAGUGCGCCAGUAGACUCCAUUGCGUCGAGCUUACCGUCCCCAGCAACACGUGGGACCAGUGUGGAGGCAGGGGACAUGACCUUGGGCAUUUUUCGAGAAGAGUCGGCAGUACCACAACCUCUAUUCAAGACCCAGCAUAGGGCGACAUUGGUCAACAAUCCAGGACCGAGCAGUGGCCAUGCUACGCGGAAGUACGAUGGUCCGCUACCCCCACUACCUCCAGUCCCCCAAAACGGCGACGAAGAUGAGCUGGUCGACACUUUAUCCGAGAUGACUCGGCCCUCGCUUCAUCAAAAGCGAUCGGGCUACUCAUUGCGAGGAAAGAGCAAUCACUCCCGGCAGCAAAGCGAGAUCAGCUACGUCGGAAGCGAUCGAAGUAGCCAAAGCACAGGAAUCUUCCCAGUGUGGGCGAGAAACUUCUACAGCGGGCAAGCUCGGCUGUCGAGUAAGCUAUCGUUGAGCAGUCUGUCGACAACAGAACGGGCACGGCCUGCUGCGCAGCAUGGGAGGGGCGACAGCACCUGGACGAGUCAUAGCAUCACCAGCCGGCUGGGUCAAACAUACAGCAGCGAGGAGAAUGUCAGCCCAACCAGCAGUCACUUCUUGCCUGCAAUAUUCCGGUCGGGAACGCGGAAUAACGAAGGCAGUCGCAAAGCCAAGCUCCAUAAAAGCCAAAAGAGCAGAGGCUCGAAAAAGUCUCGGCCGUCGCAUGACGACCGACCGGAUUCGAUGCCAAUCCUUGCAGAUCCUCUUCAGCAGCAGCCUGAAGCCACAAAUGAGGAAGUCUUGCCUUCUGGUCAACCCCGAUGGGGUGUAUUACAGGGCAGCGAGAAUGAGGUGCCGCAACGGGUACCUCGACACAAACCGCUCAGAAAGUACAGCAAACAGAACCAAUGGGGAGAAAUGGAGUUCCCUCGGCCCAUGACCAAAGACCGGCUUUCCGAUUUCAAUGGGACGUUAGCAUCUCAACCCCACCUCGCCCCGAGCAAGCGAAUUUCUCAGAAUCGGCUCUCUUUCUGGCAAGCACCCAGUUUCACUGAAAGUCUCGAUACGCUCAUUCGCUCACGAUGUAAUCGACAGGUGCUGCUUUUCACGUUAGGAUUUGUUCUACCGCUCUUCUGGAUGCUGGGCGCGGUUCUACCUCUGCCGAAAAAGCCGGUGGAUGACAGCGAGCUGGAAAAGGCUGGUGUCUUACCGGGAAGUGAGGAGGAUGUGGCUCAUGCCAUGAUGCGGCAUGAGGCUGGAGACGCUGAACAGAGAUGGCGAGAAGACAGGGUAUAUCGCAAGGCCAAGUGGUGGAGGAUGUUGAAUCGCAUUAUGAGUGUGAUUGGGAUACUUGUGAUUGCCGCUGUGGUCGCUCUCGUGGUUAUAACCGUACGAUAAUGUGUGGCGUUGAACGCCCCUUUCUCGACGAACAAAAAUUUCUCAAGCACGACCAUAAUCCAUUGUUUUCCCUCAUUGACGAUCGAACCGACCGAACCGAACCGAACCGAAGCAUAUUAUUGCACACACGAGGCGAAUCUCUCCCUCUCCCUCUCUUAUGUUAUCUGGACCAAAAAUCUGCUGCGUCACAGCGUUACAAAUCUUUGACCGAAGUGCCCAUCCGGUGGCCUACAUCAGAAGAGACCUUUUACUACAAUCUGACGAUACCCAUGUCAUAUAAUGGAUAUAAUGUGUGCUAUAAAUAAUUUGCAGUGUCCACGAACGCAUCGUCUUCUUAUGCAUACCUUCAUGAUGAUGGAAGAAGUCUUGACGAUCAUUGGCGGCUAGUUUAGAGAGUGGACGGGAGACUAGUAAUUCCUGAACAGGUGCCACCAAUGGAUAUAUAAAUUCAAGAAUCUUGAAAAAAGAAUCCUUCAGGUUCAGUUUCAUCACCGUCAUCUCUCUUUAUCGAUCUAAACCAUCGAGCUCGACCAACUUCCUCACAGCCUUGACAACCUCAUGCUCUCCCAUGUCCAAUCCCGGCUCCUCCAGUUUCCUUGCGAGCAACUCAUCAAACAUCAUCCUCAGUCGACUGACGAGGACACCAAUCCUCGCCCAGCCUCUCAAUCGGACCCAGCCAUCCACCAAGAGCCCUCUGCCUUGGGGAUCAAUCGUGAUGGGACCCGAAAACAUGAGCAGAGAGUACACAUUGAAUGGUGUCAGGUCUCGGAUGAAGACUUUGCUCGUGGCCAUUUUGGUGAAGUAGCUCAUGUAGACGGAAUUACCGGGAAAUGUCUGCGCGUCGAAGAGAGUCGAGGAUGGAUGGACAAAGACGCGUCCGUUUUCUUCGUUGUAGUACUUGAUCAUGCGUGCUUCGGGGUCGAGUUGGACGGCUCCAGAUGCAGAGGCGGCGUAUUUCUUGUUGGGAAAGUCAAUGCGCGCCAGUUGGGGUUGAAAUGAUCCUGCGAUCAGCGCACGAAUAAGCGCCUCGCUGGAGUUAUGGCGGUUGAGGUUCUCUGCUGUUGGUGAUGAGGAUCUGUAGCCAGGGGGUAAGAAGCCAAUCUCUUGGAGAGACGACAGGUAUUGAGCACGAUUGGUGGAUAUGUCCAUUAGUGUUUGGUGGUUGAGGAAAUUCUCAUCGCACCAUCUGCGGAGCGACGAUGUUGGCUGACCGCUCGCCCUUCUGUCUGCCCACUCUUCGUAGGCGUGGAGAUCACAGAUGAGAUCUCCUUGUGUGUUGCCAAAGGCAGCGCGAGCAGACUUGGACUCUUCACGCUUGUCCUUGGGACUGACGAAAGGACUCUUGACGGUGAGCACGGAAGAGAUGGUCAAAGCAGCGUCAAGGCAGCCAAAUGCAGCGCCAUACACAAGCAGCUUUCCGCAGCGUAGGUCGGCAGGAAUCAUGGAUAAGUGCCGACCGAGAGCGGUGAGAUCGGUGUUGUCCAGAGCGCCGAUGCGUGUAAGAAGUUGUAGCGCGCCAGCGACAGCCAGCGUCUCUGGCGGCGUCAGAGCUGAGGCGAGAAACGAUGGUACGUCAACCACACCCAUAGCACGCACCGACAGACAAAGCUGUUCGAGCGGUACACGCCUGAUCUCUGGGUCCGGCCUCUCCGCCAUUUUAGCUUCUGCGGAUCGUGUGUACAGCUUAUAGCAUUCACCUGCGCGCACACGACCAGCACGACCACGGCGCUGCUUGCACGCCGCACGCGAGGCCCAUACUUCGGCGAGCUUCACCAUAUUGUUGGCUGGAUCGAAGCUGGUCUCUUUCACACGACCGGUGUCAAUGACGGCAACAAUGUCCUCAAUGGUGAUGGAAGUCUCAGCAACAUUGGUCGCAGCAAUGACUUUUCGCAUCCCGCUAGGUGCUUUGGGAAAGACUUUCCGCUGCUCAGAGCUCUGGAGUGAUGCGUGAAGAGGCAACGCAUGUAGGUUUGGCACAGACCGCAGGGCUCGCAGGGUCUGGUCAAUUUCGCCUACGCCGGGCAAGAAUAUCAGAAUUCCGCCUUCUGUGUUUCCUAGCACGCGGUCAAUAUGCUCUACAGUGCGAGCGAUGAGCUCGUAAUUGAUCUUGGUGCCAACUGUUCUCAAUGCUUGCCCAAGCCUAGGCUGAGCUCGUGGCGUGGAGGUACCAGACGUAUUGCCGCGGAUCACGUCGUCCAGAGUCAGGUCAGCAAGUGUGUCUGUCGUUUCUUCUUCUUCUGUUGCGCCUCCAAAGCCAGUCAUGCGCAAGAUAUCGUCCAAGUAGAUAUCCUCUACAGGAUAGGUGCGGCCUUGGAUUUCCACCUUUCCAACACUCGACGAAGCCUUGAAGUAGUUCUCGAAUGUUGCGGCAUCAAGUGUAGCACUCAUGAGAAUCAGUUUGAGGUCCUUUCGCUUCUUCAGCACAUCGCGCAACAGGACAAGCAGGAAAUCGGUGUCCAAUGAGCGCUCGUGCACUUCGUCAAUAACAACAUGUGACACAUCUGCCAGGCUUCGCACAACAUCGUCCGUACUACCGCCAGAGGUUUGCAAACGUCGGAGUAGAACACCAGUUGUCACGAAUGUAAUCUUUGUCGUGCCUUGUCUCUGUUUCGACUCGCCGCGAAUUGCGUAUCCAACCUCUUCACCUACUCUGCCGCACCUUUCAUCAGCUACCCUGUCUGCAAGGCCCAGGGCAGAAAUUCGGCGAGGCUGUGUGCAGAUGAUGUUUGCUUGCUCACCGAGGCAGCGGUUGAUCAUAUCAUCUAGGACAAAUUGCACGGAUUGUGUAGACUUUCCCGAACCAGUCUCGCCGGAGAUGAUGGUCACCUGGUUGUUCGUCACGGCCGUCACAAUCGCGUCUUGGAGGUUCCAAGCAGGGAGACUUUGCCUGCCUUGUAGCAUCUUUUGCUGCUCGGGCGUAGACUGCUUGGUUUGCCAAUCUUGAAGCAAACGUUGGCUGACGGCGCUCUGUGGCGACCAUGAUAUUGGCUUUGGCUGUCUCCGUGGUUUUCUCGUAGAAGGCCUGGCCGCUUCUUUCGAGGACGUGGCAGUGGCACUUGCGACCUCACUGAGCUUACCAGGAUCCUCGAUGACCGCAGGAAUGUUCUGUUCGAGCCAAUCUACGAUGCUAAAUAGCAUUUGCACGCCUAGAAAUUCUUCACUAGCAGCAACCAGCACUUUCUUUAAAAUACUCAAGCGGACAUAUGCAGGCAAAUCUGUUUCGACAGACAGUAUAGGCGGCGUGUACGGAUAACCAUUGCUAGGAGGCCGUGCACGAAGCACAAUGGGCUUCUUAGCAGGUGUCUGGAGCUCUAAAGUGAUGGUGCAUAUUCUGUCGUGAUUGGUAAACUUAUCGCCGUAAAUGGACUCGGAUGUAGCCAUUUCUUCGUCCCAGACCUCGAAGUCGGCCUCGGUGCCAUCGGCAGAGGAAGGUUCUUGUCCUAGCAGUCUGGCUUGCAGUACUUCGGCAGCCCGACCUUCUACACCGCUACACGAAUCCAGGACUUCCGAGCACAGCUCCUGGGCAUAUCCUGCAGUAGCCAAGCGAUUGAUCUUGCCUUCGCGUUUCAGGUCACCACUGGCCAUAGUCACACCAGCCAUGUAGUUAUCAGGUAACGUCCAUCGUGGCAGAUCGUCUUCAGGAACAUGAAUCAGAAGCCACUCCAGGCAUUCUUCCUUGUCCUUACAAAUCUCGGCUGCUUCCACAACGUGGCUCCUUCGAAAGCCGAUUCCCGACAGCUCAUCUGCGAUGCUCUCACGCUGGCUCGCCGUCAACGUCGUGCCGUGUGGGUUCCAUGCGCCGCCUUGACGAAUGAGCAACUCGACGCCUCGUCUGGUCCGCUCACCCAUUUCGACCUUUUGCCCCCAGCCUUUCAAGACGUGCUUGCUCUGCACUCGGCCAUCUAGACUGACCACUUCCAACUUCUUGUCCUCGACCUGCUGCUUGACCUUGUCUGCCCGAGCUUUUUCUUUGGCUAGCUUGGCUUCGUCGUGCCUCUUCUUAGCCAGGAACGGAUCUGCCUCGUACAUGUAGGCGUUUCCUUGCGCCACUGCCUCACUCUUCAAGUCUUGAAAGUCGCCUUUCCAGAGGUCGCGAUAGUGGGGAGGGAGCAUCAUGUGGAUAUUCUUCAUGUUGCUCACUCUGAACAGAGCAUAUGCCGCUGCGAAGUGUCUGGCUUCGAGGGCACUUUCUUGCGUUGCCCGCUCCUUGAGGUAGUCUGGCGGUGGCACGAUGGGAGGAAGAGUGACUAGCUCCUGCGUCUUCGGGUGUCUCUGCUUGAUUAUCACGCCGCCCGUCCAGCCUCGUGGAUUGCGAUGCACGGUGUAUUCAGGUCGUUCCCACUUCUGCUUCUGGCAGUGCUCGUUGAACAUGGUCUGAGGCAGCUUGCCUGUCCAUGAUGCGCCGCCGAUCAGCGUUCGCGUGUCCGGUUUCUUGGGCUGUUCCUCUGCGCCAUCUGCAGUCUUCGCCUUGCUACUUCCUGCUGGCAAAGGCUCGCUCUCCGCUGCAGGCUUCCUUGCCUUCUUGGGCUUGCCAUCGCCAAAGACGAUGUAGCUCGUGUCUUCCUCGUUCAGCGUGGCCGCGGUAGGCUUCUUGCUGCCACUCGCCUUGCCUCCCGUCCGGGACGCAUGCGGCUUGUUGACCAUGUCUUCAGGUAAUCAGCGCACCAGCGCAAGGUGGUCUUG